AUGGAGGAACAGGUUAUACAACCCAGUGCAUCAAUUGGUGCUACCAAACAUGGAGAUAUUUUGAUAGGGGGAACUGAAGCUGAAGGCACAGUGAUAGGAGGAACUGAGUAUACCCCAUUUCAGAACAUCAAUAAUGAUUCUGGAUCACAUCCCAUUGAGAAUGUUCUUGCUGAUCUCAUAUCUGGGAUUACCACAAGGUCUGGAUUGAGAAAUAUGUGUGUCUUCAAGGCAUUCUUGUUAGAGAUUGAGCCAAAGAAGAUAACUGAAGCAUUGCUUGAUGCUGAUUGGAUCAUAGCCAUGCAGGAAGAGUUCAAUCAGUUUGGGAAAAGAAAAGUAUGGCACUUAGUUCCUCACCCUAAAGAUAGAUCAGUAAUUGAGACUAAAUGGGUGUAUAGAAAUAAAGUUAAUGAGCAUGGAACAGUUACAAGAAACAAGGAAAGAUUGGUGGUUCAAGGAUACAAUCAAGAAGAAGGAAUUGACUUUAAUGAGACUUUUGCUCCUAUAGCAAGAUUUGAAGCUAUAAGAUUGCUUGUUGCUUUUGUUGUAUACAUAGAGUUUAUCCUUUAUCAUAUGGAUGUGAAGAGUUCUUUCCUAAAUGGCAUUCUCAAGAAGGAGCUGUAUGUUAAACAUCCAAGAUUUGAAAGCAAGGAGUUUCUAGAUCAUGUGUAA